GGGCGCGCUAGCCGUCGCUGAGCCAUUCGGCUUGGUCUUGCAUGCUGCACGCAGUUUGUGCAAACCCGCUCGAGCUGGUGCAGCGCGUGUGCUCGCACUGACAGCUGGAGAAGCGCAGACACAAACAUCUGGAAUCUUCACCUAGCAUGCGUGGACCAGAUUGCGGGGACAUGGAUAUAAUUUAACUGGAUAUCGAGACAGCAUCGUUUCUUUUUUGUCUGUGCCGUUUUCUCCCUGGCGAGGCUUUCGUUGUUUGAGUACUAUUUGGAAAAUCGGUCUGUGAGCGGCGGCGUGCCUCAUUGAAAAGAGAGAACAGAUGAAUGUUUUUUAAGGAGCGGUUGAAAUGAAGAACGUGUUGACAGGAGCAGGAAGAACAGUGAUGGACCGAACGCAUCGAGGCAGGACAUGGGACCGGAGGCUGCUUGUGCUCCUCUGUGUGGCUCUUGAAGCCUUUGCGGCUCACUCGUCCAUGGCGUCGGGAACGCUGGAGCUCCAGCUGGAUGAAGAGCAGCCGGCUGGUACGGUGGUCGGAGACGUCAGCGCUGGACUGCCACCGGGCAUCACGGCGUCUCUCUACUUCAUUUCUGACCACGAGGGCACAGGUGUUAGCACGGACCUGGACAUUGAUGAGAGUACGGGUAUCAUAAAGACAGCAAAGGUCUUGGAUCGGGAAGUACAGGACCGCUACAAUUUCAUAGCGGUCACGAUGACCGGUGUGACAGUGGAGGUGACCAUUUUAGUCAAUGACAUAAAUGAUCAUGCCCCGAUGUUCCCCCGAAAACGGGCAACUUUCAAAAUCCCUGAGCAGACAGCCAUUGGCACCAAAUUUCCCCUUGAGCCAGCCUUGGAUGCUGACAAGGGCCAGCUGACAACUCAAGGUUACAUCAUAACAGAUGGGAACAUGGGGCAGGCAUUUCUUCUGGAAACCAGGAGGGGAUCCAAUCAGGUUCUUUAUCUGGACCUUGUUGUCAAUGCCAUUUUGGACAGGGAGAAAAGAUCUUCCUACACUCUCCUCUUAGAGGCGUUUGAUGGAGGCUCUCCCAAGAAGACCGGCCAGAUGACCCUAGACGUGAUGGUGCAGGACAUCAAUGACAAUGCCCCAGUGUUUAACCAGAGCCGUUACCACACCACCAUCUCUGAGAAUCUGCAGCCAGGUAACAGCUUACUGCAGGUGUUUGCUUCUGACGCUGAUGAGGGCGAUAACGGCUUGGUGCACUAUGAGAUCAACCGGAGGCAGAGUGACCCUGAUCACUAUUUUGUCAUCGAUUCUCGAACCGGGGUGAUAACUCUCAACAAGCCCUUGGACUACGAGAUGAGAAGAGUUCACGAACUGGUGGUCCAGGCUAAGGACAAUGCCACACACCCUGAAGUCACCAAUACCUUUGUAACCAUUCACGUGCGAGACUACAAUGACAACCAGCCCACCAUGACCAUCAUCUUCCUCAGUGAAGAUGGCUCGCCGCGCAUAUCUGAAGGAGCGCAGCCCGGGCAGUAUGUGGCACGGAUCUCCGUCACAGACCCAGAUUACGGUGAAUACUCUAAUGUCAAUGUGUCCUUGGAGGGUGGAGAUGGAAAAUUUGCCCUAACCACUAAAGACAACAUCAUCUACCUCAUUUGUGUAGAUGACAUUCUAGAUCGUGAAGAACAGGACCACUAUGAGCUAAGGGUUAUGGCCACAGACUCUGGUACCCCUCCAUUACACGCUGAGUCUUCUUUUACCAUUCAGGUGACAGAUGUCAAUGACAACCCACCUUUGUUUGACCAACAAGAGUACAUUCAGGUCAUCCCAGAAGUCAUCUUUCCAGGGAGCUUUGUGCUUCAGGUCACAGCACGAGACAAAGACCAGGGUCCCAAUGGGGAGGUCCAGUACAGCAUUCUGCGGAAUCCAGAGACUCACUCUGACUGGUUCAGCAUCGAUGCCAUCACUGGCAUCAUCACUACACUUACCCAGCUGGAUUAUGAGAUGGACACCUCUCCUCGUGCGAUCGUGGUAGCUACAGACAAAGGCAGACCCCCUCUGUCUUCCACCGCUGUGGUCAAAGUCAUCCUACAGGAUAUUAAUGACAAUGAACCUAUCUUUGGAAGCAAGUUCUACAAUGCAUCCCUUAAGGAGAACACUGCAGCAGGAACCUGCUUCAUGGAGGUGAUAGCCCGGGACCCGGAUGGCGGUUCAUUCGGAUCUGUGUCCUAUUCCCUGGGGACAGGGUCAGGCAGCCCGAUCCCUCCCCACUUCACCAUUAACAAAGACAGCGGACGGAUCUGUACCAGUACCAGCCUUGACCGCGACCAGGGCCCAGCCAGCUACGACUUCAUCGUCACCGCCGUGGACGGGGGAGGCCUGAGCUCCGUGGCCUACGUGCGCGUGGACCUGUUGGACGUGAACGACAACCGGCCCGCCUUCUAUCCCCUACACUACGCCGUGAGCCUGAGCACGCAGAGCAGCCCCGGCACGUCGGUGGUCCGCGUGACCGCCCACGACCCCGACGCCGGGGAAAAUGGCAGGGUGACGUACCACACGGCACCAGGAGGGAGCUCGCCCUUUUUCACCCUCAACAAAGACACCGGGGUAAUUUCUCUGUCGCGCUCUCUCCACGGAAAGGCGAACACAGUCGUUCCCAUGGUGAUCUCAGCCCAAGAUGGCGGCGGCCUCGUUGCCCCGCUCAACGCCCGCGUAAACAUCAGCGUCGUAGCCGGUCUGGUGGCGCCGCCCGUGUUCGAGCGCUCCCAGUACUUCUUCACUGUGCCCGAGGACGCCCUGCGUGGGACCCGGGUGGGCACCGUGCGUGCCAGCACCAAGACCGGGCUCUUGAAGGAUAUCUCCUACACCAUCAGCUCCGGGGACCCUACUGGGUACUUCACGGUGGAUCCUGACACAGGGGUCGUGAGGACCGGCCUUCCGCUGGAUCGUGAGUCCCAGCCCGCUCUGGAGCUGGAGAUCCAGGCGCGCAGCGGCAGCCCGCCAGCGUUCGGCCAGACCCGCGUGCGCAUCACGGUGGCCGACGUCAAUGACAACGCGCCCGUCUUCCUCCCAUCGUCCUCCGAGUCUUUGAUCCUGUCCGAGGACAUGAGGGCGGGCGCCGUAGUGCACAAGAUCCAGGCGGAGGACCGCGAUUCCGACCUCAACGGCAUGGUGACCUUCGACCUGCUCCCCGGUGCCGGGCAUAGGACUUUCAGCGUGGACCGCAGCACCGGGGAUGUCCGCCUGAUUGCCAGCCUGUCCUACGAAACCACACCCCGCUACGACCUGCUGGUGGUGGGUAAGGACAUGGGUGCGCCGCAGCUGAGCGCCACCUUCACGCUGGUGGUGCACGUGCAGGCGGACGACGACCAAGGGCCUGCGUUCGACACGCACACCUACCGCGUGGAGCUGAAGGAGGGCACGGCCCUCAACACGCACUUCCUGCAAGUGCGCGCUCUCAGCAGGGAGCCGGGCACCUCGUCACCGCCGCAGUACCACCUUCGGCCGGAUGGCGACGCGGCGAGCUUCGGCGUUGUGUCUGACAGCGGCUGGCUCUUCGUGAAGGGCGCGCUGGACCGCGAGGCCAAGGAGGUGUACCUGCUCACCGUGCUGGCCACAAGCGGCCACGGGCACCUCAAAAAGACGGGCAGCGCCACUGUGCGCGUGGCCAUAACCGACGAGAACGACAACGCCCCGCGCCUGGCCCAGGAGCGGGCCUUCCUGGCCGUGCAGGAGAACCUGCUGCCCGGCACGGGCUUCGGCCGCCUGGCCGCCGUGGACCGCGAUGCCGGCCUCAACAGCCGCCUCGUCUACCGCCUCCUGCACCCAGACCGCCACUUCCAGAUCAACUCCCACACAGGAGAGAUAAGCACUCGCUUGGUGCUGGACCGUGAGCAUCAGUCCAGCUAUCAGCUGGUGGUCGUUGUGCAGGACAGCGGGACUCCCCCGCGCAGUGCCACAGGGACCGCCUUCAUCUCCGUGCUGGAUGAGAAUGACAACGCCCCCUCCUUCACUCCCGCCUGGCCUGGGAGAGAGCUUUUCAUACAGGUGAUGGAGGGUCAGCCUUCAGGGCUUUUACUGGGCACCGUGACCGCUAAAGACCCCGACGAGGGAGAAAAUAGUACCGUCUUCUACUCGAUGUCAGGUCCCAGGUCCGAGCGCUUCUCACUGCACCCUGUCACGGGAGAACUGCACUCCUCCACUCCCCUGGCCCACGCCGAGCGGCCCGAGUACAGCCUCGCCGUCACGGCCACGGACCGCGGCUCGCCCCCCCAAAGCUCCACGGCCACUCUGAGAAUACAGGUCCUCGGCUCCAACAAAGGGGCGUCCGCAGCCAACGUGGUGUCUGUGUCCUUGAACCCGACGGAGGGAGACAAGCCGGGUUCUGUCGUGGGUUCCGUGCGCUCGCCCAACAGUCAGAUGCUCCCUGAAGCUGGCACGGUCACCUACGCGGUGGUGGGUGGCACGGACCGGGACGGAACCUUCAUGGUGGACCGUCAGACAGGGGACGUGUACCUGGCCCGCGAGCUGGACUUCGAGAGGGCACCGCGCUACACGCUCCAGAUCGAGGUGGACGACUUCUCCACGCCGCUGCCCAAAAGCCACUUUGUCACUCUGGAAGUCAACGUCCAGGACAGCAACGACCAUUCGCCAGAGUUCCCAGAGGACCCAGUCACUAUAGUGGUGCCCGAGGACACGGAGCCAGGAUCUCCGAUCCACACCUUCCGGGCCACAGACAAGGACGGGAGCGGCCCUAACAGUGACCUCACCUAUUCCAUUAUCCGGCAGUGGCCCGGAACCCCGGACCUUCUGCAUCUCGACCCCAGCACCGGAGUCCUGUCUCUGGGCCAGACGCUGGACCACGAGAGCGCCUCCUCCCUCAUGCUGGUGGUCCAAGCCACCGACUCGCCCGCCGACGCGAGCCGGCGGCGCUGCUCCACUGUCACCGCCCAGGUGUUCGUGACGGAUGUGAACGACAACGCCCCCUCGUUCACGUCGCCCGGCAUGGUGGGUGUGAUGGAGGACCAGCCGGUGGGCUUUGUGCUGCUUCACGUGAUGGCCCAGGACCCUGACCGGGGAGAGAACGGCCGGGUGUCCUACCGCAUCUGGGAUGGCAAUGCCGAGGGCAAGUUCAGCCUCAGUCCAAAUACCGGGGCACUGUCUGUCCUCAAGCCACUCGACAGCGAGGAGCAGACCCACUUCAACCUGACCGUCCUGGCGGAGGACCACGGGGUGCCCCAGAUGACCAGUGUCCAGCAGCUGACCGUGCAGGUGAUCGACGUGAACGACGAGGUGCCGUUCUUCCAGGAGAGUGCCUACGAGGCUUUUGUCACUGAGAACCAGCCUGCAGGAGCCACCGUGCUGGUCGUGUCGGCUUCAGACCUGGACCAAGGGAGCAAUGGCUUUGUCUCUUAUGGAGGCAUAACACAGGAUGCUUUCAGCAUCCACCCAGUGACAGGUGUUAUCACAACCAACAAAGUGCUGGACAGAGAGACCCAGGAGGAUUACACCAUGACAGUGUACGCCAAAGACGGCGGCUCUCCUCCUAAUUUUGCGAAGACCACGGUGCACAUCACUGUGCUUGACCAGAACGACCACAGACCGGCCUUCGGGAGGGUGUACUACAGCCUGGAGGUGCCGGAGAACCAGGAUUCUGUGUCCCUGUUCACCCUGAGGGCCAGGGACCUGGAUGCAGGGGCCGGGGGCCUGGUACAGUACAAGAUCACUGAUGGAGACCCUUCGGGUGAUUUCCACUUGGACAGGAAGUCUGGCGUGCUGUCCACCUCUAGAGCUUUGGACAGGGAGAAGAAAGGCCGGUACACCCUGAGCGUGGAGGCCCGAGAUCUGGGCACCCCUGCCCUCAGCAGCUCGGUCACACUGGACAUCACAGUUCUGGACCUUAACGACAACAGCCCCACGUUCGCCAGCAGCAGCUACGCGGUGGAGGUCGCCGAGGACGCCCCCGAGGGCUCUUUCAUCCUGGAGGUGACCGCCACAGACCGGGACGAGGGACCCAAUGGCCAGGUGCUCUAUUUCCUGAGCCGAGAGUCGCGAGGCAUGUUCACUGUGGACCAACACGCCGGUCGCAUCAUCACGGCCUCCGUUCUGGACCGGGAGAAGGCGGCGACCUACAGUUUCCAGCUGUACGCCGUAGACUCCUCCCCAGCGCAUCCCCGCAACGCUUCGGUCCAGGUGACGGUGCACGUCGUUGAUGUGAACGAUAACGCGCCCUACUUCAUCACGGACCCCCUCGUUUGCAACGUCUCCGGCAGCGGCGCGGCCAGCCGCCGGGUCCUAGCCACCAUGCGCGCCGAGGACAGGGACUUCGGCGCCAAUGGUUCAGUGUUCUAUCGCUUCGCCAGCCCUGUCAAAGGCUUCACCAUCAACUCGCUGACCGGGGACAUCCAAGCCACCGAGAUGCUCCACAGCCUGACCCAGGGCCAGCGGACACUGAUCGUUCAGGCAAUGGAUCAGGGGAGCCCACCGCAGUCUUCGAUCGGGGUGGUGGUGGUCUACGUUCGGGAGCAGAGCUACAGGGGGAUCCGCUUUGCCCGCACCUCCAAGGACGUCAGCCUGCAGGAAAACGCGGCCAAAGGAACUGCAGUAGUGAAGAUCCAGGCCCAGUACCCUGAUGGCUCGCACAGUGGCAUCGCUUACAGCAUCUUCAGUGGCAACACGCGGCAGUCUUUCAGCAUUGGCUCCGCCACAGGCGACAUCUGGGUGGAGAGUUCCGAAGGGCUGGAUUUUGAAGAGACCCCUCGACUCCGCCUAGUGGUCAAGGCUGAAACUGCAUCCUCUAGCUCCUUCAUGGCAGUUAACCUGAUCCUGCAGGAUGUCAACGACAACUUGCCACGCUUCCAGCUACACAAUUACAUUGCUUAUGUCCGUGAGGCCCAAGGAUAUGAUUUCCCCAUCAUUCAGGUGCUGGCGGAUGACCUCGACCAGGGUCAGAACGGCCAGGUGACCUAUUCCAUCAGGUCGUCGUCCAUGAGUGGCCUGUUCAAAGUCAACCCCCUCACAGGCAGCAUCUCCACGGCCGCCAUAAUGGACAGAGAAAUCUGGACGCAGACUAAGCUGGUUGUUAUGGCAACGGACAGGGGCAGCCCUCGACUGGCAGGCUCUGCCACUCUCACCGUUAUCAUAGUAGAUCUGAACGACAACCGUCCCACUAUCCCAGUCCCACGCGAAGUUCGGGUCCCUGAGAACACACUGAUCGGGACAGUGAUUACCCAGGUGACCGGGAAUGACGUGGACUCUGGCCCUGCCCUGUCCUACUCCCUGUACCUGGAUUCUGACUCUCAAGGCAAGUUUGGAAUACACCGGUAUGGAGGCGGGAUCUCCCUGACAGCCACACUGGACUACGAGGAGAGGACAUGGUACACUGUGACCAUCAAAACAUCGGACUCCGUGCACCAGAGCGAGGCCAAUUUAACUGUACUGGUGGAGGACGUGAAUGAUAACAGCCCAGCAUUCACACGGGACCUUUACCAGGUGACCCUUGCAGAGCACUCUCCAGCUGGUAGUUCUGUUAUUACUGUGACUGCUACUGACCAGGACUCUGGGGAAAAUGGCAAGGUCACGUACAGAGUUGUGUCAACGCGAGACAUGUUCUACAUCGACCCAAGCAAUGGCACACUCUUCAUCAACCAGAGGGUGGAGUUUGACUCUGACUGCCCAUCCUUCCUGGUGGUGGUCGAGGCCAGCGAUGGUGGAACGCCGCCGCUGACUUCUCUCGCCACAGUGCAAGUGCACAUGUCUGAUGUCAACGAUAAUGCCCCUCUGUUCCACCAAAUGGAGUACAGAGCUGCACUGUCGGAGAAUGAGCUCCCUGGAUCCACCAUCCUCACCCUGGAAGCUGCUGACAAGGACCUGUCCCGGGACAACUGUGGUUUCGACUUUGCUAUCGCUAGCGGAAACAUCGGCAAUGCCUUCCAAAUCGAUAGCAGUGUAAGCUUCCAUGAAGGCCAUGGAUUUCAAAUAGCUGGAACACUAAUCUUAGCGGACAGGCUUGAUUUUGAAGCUGUGCCAACUUACAAUCUCACUAUCGUGGCCUCCGAUCGAGGAAUACCGCAACGAAGCUCGACCACUUCCGUCCUGAUCACAAUAACGGACACCAACGACAACCCGCCAGCCUUCAGCAAGGCAGAGUACAGCAUUGUCCUGAGCGAAGGGACAGAAACCAGCACAGAAAUACUUUGCUUGUCUGCUCUAGACCCAGAUUCUGCCCCUAACGGACAGGUCCAGUAUUCCAUCAGCUCUGGAGAUGAGAGCGAGCUCUUCUUGUUGGACCAACGGACCGGUGCGCUCCACCUGCGAAGGUCUCUGGACAGUGAGCGACAAUCGUCUCACAUGCUUAUCGUGAAAGCUUCAGAUGGGCAAGGGCUCUUUGCUCUCGCUCCUGUUACGGUUGAGGUGAAGGACGUGAAUGACAAUCGACCUGUUUUUCCUCUCAAAACACUGACAGCAAGCGUUCGAGAGAACCUGGCCCAGAACACACUAGUCACCACGCUGUAUGCCAUCGAUCAAGAUACAGGAGCGUUUGGCCAACUGAGAUACUACAUAAUGGAUAAGUCAGGAAGUGGCAAGGAAUCAUUCGUGGUAAACCAGACCUCUGGAGAGGUGCGAGCCCGCUCGAGUUUUGACUUUGAGAAGAUGAACUCGUUCCACUUCGUCGCCGUGGCGAUGGACGCAGGCAACUACUCCGCAACCGCCACAGUUCAGGUGUACGUGACCGGGGAAGAUGAGUAUGACCCCGUGUUCACCAGCUCGCAUUUCUCUUUCCACGUGCCCCAGGGAGCGAAAAAAGGGCAGAACAUCGGGCAAGUGCUUGCCAGCGACGAGGACGGAGGUGUGGACGGCAUCGUCCUGUACAGCCUGGCUGAGAGCUCCCCUUACUUUGAUGUCAACAUAUCCACAGGAAUGGUCUCCCUGAAGUUGGAUGCCAAUGGCCGACAUGCGAGCAGGUCUAAGAGAGACAUCCGUCAGAUGACUCUAAAAGUGAUAGCACACAGCCCACUGGAGAGUUCUCGCGUAGGCACUGCCCAGGUUACCAUUGAUAUCACUCACACGGCCUUUGGUCUAACUACAGACGUGAACAUGCUGCUAGUUGGUGUCAUAGCCACUUCCUUGGCAGUUAUAAUGGUCUUGAUCAUAGUGGCUGCAGUGCUGUUCUUCUUGCGCUCUCGUAGGAAGAAGUACCAAGAGGCUCAUCGUAGAAUUGUGACCUCUGGUACAGUACUAGAGACUCUGGAUGAAGCAAAAGUCCACAGAAGUGAAAAACUCUAUCACCAAACUCUUCCUGGAUAUGCGGCAGUCCAGGGCGGGGGAGGAGGUGGACCCUACACUCGAGGGGGGUCGCUGGACCCCUCUCACUCCAGUGGACGUGGUUCGGCUGACGCAGAGGCGGCGGAGGAUGACGAAAUCCGCAUGAUUAAUGAAUAUCCACGGGUCUCCAGCAUUUCAUCCUCCAUACAGGAGCACAUAGCUGCCCGAGGGCCUGAUUCCGGGAUCCAGCAAGAUGCCGACCAGCUUUCCGACAUCUCUGGUGAGCCUGGUAUGGAUGCACACCAGUGGUUUAAAGGAAAAAAGAUAGGAAGCAUAGGUGGAACUCUGCUGGCAGGCCAGACCCCAAUGUAUCGGGAUGAGGGUGGCGGAUAUCUAGGGGUAGGAAGAGGGCUUAACAUUUCACAGCCGAAAGACUACACUUUCCCAGAGGAUGGGAAACCCAUAGUGGCUGGCUCUCUCACAGCUAUUGUGGCCAGUGAUGAGGAACUGAGAGGUAGCUACAACUGGGACUACCUCCUAAACUGGUGCCCACAGUUCCAGCCGUUGGCUAACGUCUUUACUGAAAUUGCCCGGCUGAAAGACGAGAACGCCCCAGUUAACCCACGCCGGCCAUUUCAGCCCAAGGCAAAGAUGGAUCCCAAGCUCAGAAUUGACCCCCCUCCUUUAAUCACGUCUGUAGCCCAUCCUGGGGCCAAAACUGUCCUUCCAAAACCUGCGGUAGGACGAACUCUUCCCCAACUGUCCUUGAAACGAUCUCCCAUUAGCCAUGAUGGCUCUUCAGUAGCCAUGUCGCCAAGUUUCUCACCAUCCCUGUCCCCAUUGGCUGCAUGUUCCCCAGCCAUCUCCCCGUUUGGGAUAAGCCAGGGCCCAUCUGCUCCUAGUACCAGCACAACUGAACACUCCCUAGAGCACAGUGAAGAGGCCGAGCUUCGGAUUUAACCCCUUUAAAGCCUUGCACUGCUCUAAAAGCGUCCCGCCUGACUCAGGACCCUGUGCAUGACAAUGUGGUCAUGAUGUCAUGUGAAAUGUCAUGUUGCCUCACUGCUGGCCAGAGAGUUGAGGAUGCAACGUUACCAUGCUGACUACAGAUCAUGUUACCAUGCUGAAGCCAGAAUGGCUUCUCAAACACUCUCUCCAUGAAAAUAGCAAGUGACAUGUUUAAUUGCCCACAUUUGCACAUUCUACAGAGAGCUAAGUUUGAUGUCAAUAUUUUGUAAGAGGAGGACACUUUUGUAUUAUAUAUUUUUGUACUUGUGUUUGUGGUCUUUGAACUAGAAAAUGGCAUUACUUAUGUCAAAAGUUGUCAUAACCUCUGAAACUUAUACAUUUUUAUUUGUAUAUAUGUGAGUGUAAUAGUAAGUUUGUUCUAGUUCAUCUAGUUUACAUGUGCCAUUCUAAAGUGUUCUAACAGUGUUCACAAUGAAGCUCUUACUUCGUUCAUCAGUAUUAUAAAUAACUUUUGAUUGUUUUGACAAUAUUUAUAAAAAACUGGUUGUGUUUACUGGUUGUCCAUAUAUAACAUACUAUGAAAUAUUUUGUCGUUAAAAAAAACCUUAACAGCGCUCACAGGUAUCUUUUAACAUGCUGCUCUUUGCUCAUCUAAUAGGCACACGUGGCUUACCAGGCUAACGGAAGCACAAAGCAGCUUAUAAAUACAUGAGUACACUGAUACUUUCAAAUCUUUGCAUUUUAGCAAAGACUGCGGUUUUCAUCCCAGACAUUCUUUCCCAGACAUCCAUGGUGAGCGUUUGAGCUCAGUGCAUCAAGCUGGGGAUCGGAGGCGAGGCUCCAUCAUGGUGAACUCUUGCAGGAGACACGCUGAACAACAGCACUUGUACUCCAUUUCUGUAUUCGUGAGCCAUCAGUUAAAUUCCUGCCUCUGCCAAUAGCGGUAAUCGUGGGUGGGACAUAAUCGGCCAAUGCCAGGUGGCCUGUUGAUAUACGCGUUAAAUAGGCAGACCUUUAUCUCAGUCUCCAAUUGUUAAGAAAACUUGAGUAACAAGGAGCCAUUGAGGAUUCCACAGUCAGUACAUUAAAAUGAAAACUUUGACUUCUGUCCUUUCUCAUGGCUACCUGUUGCAGCACACUGAUCAAUUUUACUUUGCAUGUCGUUCAUGUGAUAAUGUGCAUUGCACUUGUAAACAGUGCAAACAAGUGUAUUGCUUUAGAAUUACUUGUUUGCAGUUGAAGUGAGGUGCCAUUUCUGAGUACGCCAGAACGAUACACCAGUUCCGUAUAACCUUGAGACUUUGUGAAAAAACUAACUGGAUGUUGGUGCGCAGACAACACUGUGGUCCUGUAUUCAAAUCAAAUUACAACGGUUAUCCUUCAUCAUGAGCUACAUGAAAUAGCAAUCACCCGUAUCAUUGCCUAAUGAGGAUAUAUCAACUUUCCUCAUGGCUUUAGUCUUUGCCAGAUUUAUACAACAGCCUCCUGAAGAUUUGUGAUGAUUCCUUCCAUUUGUUCAAGUGCAGUUUUGAUUUUAACAGCUCUUUCUGUGUUUACUUCCUGGAGGAUUCGGAUAUAUGGACAAAUGCUGCUCAGACUGAUGUCGAGGAGACUUCACACAUUUUACAGAAUCUGUCUGCCCAGUGACACGAAUGUACUGCAUUCCCUUUUUGUCUUUUCUUCCUUGAUGUUUGUGAAUGUUUGUUGCCAAAGCGUCUUACACAUACUUCCUGCCUUUUUCAGUGGAAAAUAUAUCACAGUGACCCGUAUGCUAAAUGUUGUCAUGUGAGCAGUAUUAACAGUGUGUUGGAACACAAGAUUGCCUUUUAUUUCAGAUGCCUGCAACCUGUGGAUCGCUUGCCAUGUUUUGUUUUGUUUUUCUUUCAUUGGCUUGCUUUUGACAUGAUGUUUCUCUGUUUUUACAGGCUGCAAAGGUUCAUAGGUACAAUUGUACAUAUGCCGUAUGUAUACGCAUUUACUGUCCACUGAAGAUUUUCCAUUAAAUACAUUUUGUGUUUGGUUUUCAAUAAGCUCGAGUCUUUUAGGACACUCUCCCUGACUAACAGUGUUAUAGAUCAGCUUGUUCGGUAGUACCAGUGUUUCCGCCCGAGAACGUUUGUGUAUAUUUGUGUAUGACAGCAUGUGCUCUGCUCUUGUGCCGGUACUGCAUUGGUGUAGGUGGCCCAUAGAUAGGCCCGUAACAAGUAACGUCUGAAUCCAAUCGACUGUGAAGUUCAGGAUCCGCAAUAUCUAUGCUGUAUCUGAGGAAAAUAAAUGUAUACUUGUUUA